AUGCUGCUGCGCGCCGCGCUGCUGCUCGUCGCUGCGGCCUGCGUCCGCGGGUCCUCCAAUUUCAACGGCUACGACGACUGCGAGCACGUGAACCACGGCACCUCCGAGCAGCGGGCGCUCGCGGCCUCCGCGGCCGCGUGCACCGGCGUCGCGAAGGGAGGGGGCAGGUGCAUCCGCCCGCUUUGCAUGGAGCACAUCCGCGGCUUGCCGUGGCAGUGGCGCAUUGGCCGCGAGCCGGCGGUGCGCAUCCUCAAGCCCGGCGAGGCGCCAGAGACGCCGCUCGCCAAGCAUGCAGUCGGCCUGCUGCUGCGCGCUGCCGCAUGCCCAAAGGCCACAAAGCGUCACCCGCGCCUCGCCACCCGCUGGGCGCGCGGCGGCGGCGGCGGCCCGGCGGAAACCACCAUCAGCACUAUCCACGCCCAGCCCGCCCUUUGCGAGUGCAUCAGCGAGUACGCGGCCGCGCUGCUGCCGCGCGGCGUGUUUGAGGCUGUGUCGAGCAACUUUUCCGUGCCCGGCGUGACGCGGCGCGCGCCGCCGUCGCUGGCGCUGUUUGACUUCAUCGGCGGGUGGUGGGAGCUGCAGGAGAGUUUCGAAGGCGAUCUGGCCACCAGAGGGACCUCUGCGAGGCGUUACGCGGUGCGCGCCGGCGGCGGCAGCCAGCCAACGCGGGGCCGUCCGCGGGUCUGCAGCUUGUAG